AUGGGUUCAUCUAAAAAGCAUAAAGAGAAAGAUCGCGAAGGCAAAAAGAAGAGAAAGCAUCGGUCUAAAUCUAGGUCCCGAUCACGAGAAAGAAAGAGACGGCAUAGGGACAGAUCUAGAUCCAAAUCUCCAGGGAAUGACAGAGGACGAGAGACAUAUGAAGCCUCGUACAAAGAUUCUGGUUUUUCAGACGACCCUAGAGCCAUCAGCAUUGAUUAUAAUCAUGCCUAUGUGAAUGAGCGGAAUAGAGAUCAACGUCCUCCAGAGCCCAGAGAAGACAGCCAGCCUGCACAGAAUUCUGGGGAGCGUUUGAGUUUAAGCAUAGAGGAGACAAAUCGUUUGAGAGCUAAACUUGGAUUAAAACCAUUGGAUGGGACUGCAGCUAAAGGUGAUGAUAGCAAGGGGAAAAAGCAAGAUGCUGUCCAUGCCCCGCCUGUUAAUUUGGCUCAGCAAAGAAAAACUGAAGUCUUAAGAGAGAAGAUGGCUACAAAGAAAUCACAACGUGAAGUGGAAAAGAGACUUCAAAGAAUCAAAGGUCUUGGAGAAAGUGAGUCUGAUGAUGAGGGUGCAGCUGCUUGGGUCAGUAAAAACAGACAGUUGCAAGCACAGAGGGAACUUGCAGAGAAGACGGCAAAGAUGUUGGAGGAAAUGGAUGAGGACUUUGGCAUCAAAGGUCUUGUGGAGCAAGAAUUUAAGAAAGAUGAAAAGAAACACAACUACAGUUCCUAUGACUUAAGAGGACUGACGGUUGAACAUGGUCUGGAAAAGUUUUCUGAAGGCAGAGAUGUCAUUUUGACUAUUAAAGACAAAGGUGUUCUUGAUGAAGAUGAAAGUGAUGUACUGGUAAAUGUCAACAUAGAAGAUGAUGAAAGAGCAGAAAAGAAUGUAGAUAACAAGAAGAAAAAGGUAGACUACAAACCAUACGAUGAACCUCAGUUUGAUGAAUAUGGAAUGAUGAAGCCUGCCGCUAUGUUGUCAAAAUAUGAUGAAGAAAUUGAUGGUGUCAAAAAGGAAUCAUUCACAUUGGGUUCUGGUGGUGUCUACGAUGCUGCGCAUGAAAAGCGAAUGAUUGAAAUUAGGCAGCAGUUGAGAGCACAAGGACAAACACUGGAUACUCCAGGUCUAACACUUGCUACAGAAUACAUGACCAAAGAGGAGAUGGAAGCUGCAAAGUUUAAAAAGACCAAGAAGAAGGUGCGAAAGAUUCGAAAGAAAGACAUCCUCAAGGCUGAUGAUCUUUUACCUCUUCCAGAAGAAUCUACAGUGCAGGACUAUGGGUCAAGGAUGAGAGGUAAAGGUCGUUUUCAUGCUGAAGUUGAGGAUGAAAUGUCCAAUGAUGGAGAUAAGAAGGAGCAGAUUAAAACAGAAGAGACGAAUCCUGUGGUGGUAGAGGAUGUCACGACUGAGCCCACAUUCAAGAUAGAGGUUGAUGAUGAUGAUAUCAUAGGACCAGAUGAGGAUUUGUCAGGAGUCGCUGUAAAGGAAGAUGAAGCCCAGAAUGAGCUGCAGGGCAUGCUGGCAAAGGCUAGGAAAAUUAAGCUGAAAAAGGAACGGGUUUCUUCAAGACAGAUCAUUGAACAGAUUCAGCCUGGCACAGAAAACAGUAGUCUCCAGAAUCAAACUGCAUCCAAUAUUAUUCUGAAUUGUACUUCUGAGUUCUGCAGAAAUCUUGGUGAGAUCCCCACUUAUGGUCUUGCUGGGAACCGGGAGGAGGAUCGUGGGGAACUAAUGGACAUGGAGUUAGAGCUGAUGGAGCAACGAAGGAAACAAGAAGAUCUUGAAGAGGCAACAGGGGGUUGGAAUGCAGUUGACAUUGAUGACAAGCCUGUUGACAUCCGGGUUGACGAGGCUGUGGUUCUGGAGGAGGAGCCUAUUUCUAGUGAGGGCGUAGUUGCUGCAUUGAUGCUGGCCCAGAAAAAAGGUUACCUUGAGGCUGAGGCCCCUAAAAAAUUGCCAGCGUUGUCUUUGAAGGCAUUGGAACUCCAGGCUCAGAAUUACACAAUACAGGACAAAAGAUAUGAUGACCUUGACGAGAAGAACCGCAAGCGUGACCGGUACCAAGGUGGCAUGAUCACAGAGUUUAAGGAGAAGGAUUCAUACAAGCCUGAAGUCAAGCUGGACUAUGUUGAUGACAGUGGGCGGGCACUGAGUGCCAAGGAGGCUUUCAGGCAACUUAGUCACAGGUUCCAUGGCAAGGGUUCUGGCAAGAAGAAGACAGAGAAGCGAAGCAAGAAAGUAGAGGAAGAAUUGCUGAUGAAGAGAAUGAGUUCAACGGACACACCACUGAACACUCUGAGUCUCCUUAAAGACAAGCAGAAGAGUGAGAAGUCCCCUUACAUUGUUCUCAGUGGCAGCAAAGGCUUUACCUCGAAUAAUAUUGUCAAACCAACUUGA